AUGUCGAACGUUCACUUCCCUUACUCCAAGGCGCCUUUGCGCACCAUCAAAGAAAUCCAGUUUGGUCUCUUCGCCCCCGAAGAGAUCAAGCGCAUGAGUGUGGUCCAUGUGGAAUACCCUGAGACGAUGGACGAGCAACGACAACGGCCGAGGACCAAGGGUGUUAAUGACCCCCGACUGGGUACCAUUGACCGUCAGUUCAACUGCGAGACCUGCGAAGAGGGACCCAAAGAAUGUCCUGGACAUUUCGGUCAUAUUGAGCUUGCGUCUCCAGUAUUCCAUAUUGGUUUCGUGACUAAGAUCAAGAAGCUGUUGGAGACCGUGUGCCACAACUGUGGAAAGAUCAAAGUUGGAGCGGAUAACCCCAAAUUCUUGGAAGCUAUUCGCCUGCGAGACCCGAAAAGACGCUUUGACGCGAUCUGGAGAGCUUCCAAGGAUAUUUUCACCUGCGAAACUGAUCCGUCGCCCGAGGAUGAUGAAUUCGCAAAGGACAACCAAAAGCGCCAUUUCCACGGUGGGUGUGGCAACGCCCAGCCUACAGUGCGCAAGGAAGGUAUUACCCUUGUGGGCACCUGGAAACCCAGCAAGAGCAUGAUGGAGGACGAUAUGACGGCACAGCCCGAGAAGAAGGUUAUUUCUCCUGCGAUGGCUUUGAACAUCUUCCGGAACAUUUCCCACGAAGACGUUCGCAUCAUGGGUCUGAGCAAUGACUACGCCCGUCCCGAGUGGAUGAUUCUCACAGUUCUUCCCGUCCCACCCCCAACUGUUCGCCCCAGUGUUAUGAUGGGAGCUACCAGCGGCUCUCGGGGUGAGGAUGACUUGACUUACAAGUUGGCGGAAAUCGUGCGUGCCAAUCAGAAUGUUCAGCGCUGCGAGCAGGAAGGCGCCCCAGAGCACGUUAUCCGUGAGUUCGAGUCCCUUCUGCAGUAUCACAUCGCCACAUACAUGGACAAUGAUAUUGCUGGUCAGCCUAAGGCUAUGCAGAAGGGAAACCGCCCGGUCAAGGCUUUGCGCAGCCGUCUGAAGGGCAAGGAAGGUCGUUUGCGUCAGAACUUGAUGGGCAAGCGUGUCGACUUUUCGGCCCGUACCGUCAUUACAGGUGAUCCCAAUCUGUCUCUUGAUGAAGUCGGUGUGCCGUAUUCGACGGCCAAGAUCUUGACCUACCCCGAGGUGGUGACCCCGUACAACAUUGAGAAGCUGCAGCAGUUGGUUUCCAACGGACCCAACGUGCACCCUGGUGCCAGGUACAUUGUCCGAGACACUGGUGAGCGAAUUGAUCUUCGUCACGCCAAGCGCGCUGGUAAUCAGCAGCUGCUGUACGGAUGGAAGGUCGAGCGUCAUCUUGACAACGGUGAUGUGAUCCUGUUUAAUCGUCAACCAUCUCUUCACAAGGAAUCCAUGAUGGGCCACCGCGUCCGUGUCAUGCCCUUUUCGACCUUCCGACUGAACUUGUCGGUAACGACUCCUUAUAACGCCGAUUUCGACGGUGACGAAAUGAACUUGCACGUUCCCCAGAGCGAGGAAUCGCGCGCAGAGCUCUUUGAGCUCGCUUUGGUCCCGAAGAACAUUGUCUCUCCCCAGCGUAACGGUCCUCUCAUGGGUAUCGUGCAGGAUACUCUGUGCGGUAUCUACAAGAUCUGCCGUCGUGAUAUCUUCCUCACCAGUGAUCAAGUCAUGAACGUCAUGCUCUGGGUCCCUGACUGGGAUGGUGUCAUUCCCCCUCCCGCUAUUUUGAAGCCUCGUCCUCGCUGGACUGGCAAGCAGAUGAUCAGCAUGGCUUUUCCCACUGGUCUCAACCUUCUGCGUAUCGACAAGGACAGCUCGCCACUAUCCGAGAAAUUUAGCCCUCUUAAUGACGGCGGCCUGCUCAUCCAGGGGGGACAGUUGCUGUAUGGUAUGCUCUCCAAGAAGACCGUCGGUGCCAGUGGUGGUGGUGUGAUCCACACGAUAUUCAACGAGUAUGGGUGUGACACUGCGGUCAACUUCUUCAAUGGUGCCCAGACCAUCGUCAACUACUGGCUGCUGCACUAUGGGUUUAGUAUCGGUAUCGGUGACACGAUCCCCGAUCACAACACCAUCCAAAAGAUUGAGGAGGCCGUCCGCGCCCGCAAGCAGGAGGUCGAGACGAUCACUGCGAGUGCCACAGAGAACACCCUGGAAGCCCUGCCUGGUAUGAACGUUCGUGAAACAUUCGAGAGCAAGGUUUCCCGCGCCCUAAACAACGCUCGUGAUGAGGCCGGUGCCGCGACCGAGAAGAGUUUGAAGGAUUUGAACAAUGCCAUUCAGAUGGCCCGUUCUGGUUCUAAGGGUUCGACUAUCAACAUUUCCCAAAUGACUGCUGUUGUCGGACAACAGUCCGUGGAAGGAAAGCGUAUCCCAUUCGGAUUCAAGUAUCGUACCUUGCCGCACUUCACCAAGGACGACUACUCUCCGGAAUCUCGUGGCUUCGUUGAGAACUCGUACCUGCGUGGUCUGACUCCCACUGAGUUCUUCUUCCACGCCAUGGCUGGUCGUGAGGGUUUGAUCGAUACUGCUGUCAAGACUGCUGAAACUGGUUAUAUCCAGCGUAAGCUGGUUAAGGCCUUGGAGGAAGUCAUGGUCAAGUACGAUGGCACUGUCCGUAACUCAUUGGGGGAUAUUAUCCAAUUCAUUUAUGGAGAAGAUGGCUUGGAUGGUGUACACAUUGAGAACCAACGUGUUGACAUCAUUCGCUGCUCCGACGAGCAGAUGCGCCAGCGUUUCCGGGUCGAUGUCAUGGACCCUGAGAUGUCUCUCGGUCCUGAGGUGUUGGAGCAGGCCAACGAGAUUGCAGGUGAUAUGGAGGUCCAGCGAUACUUCGACGAAGAGUGGGAGGCUCUUCUUGAGUCUCGUGCUUUCCUCCGGACCGUGGCCAAGGAGGACGAUGAGAUGAUGCAGCUCCCCAUCAACGUCCAAAGAAUCCUGGAGAUGGCCCGGUCUACUUUCCGCAUUCGUGAGGGCACUAUCAGUGAUCUGCACCCUGCCGAGGUUAUUCCUCAAGUACAGGCCUUGCUUGACCGCCUGGUUGUUGUUCGAGGCGACGACGUUAUUUCACGCGAGGCCCAGGAUAACGCAACGCUGUUGUUCAAGGCGCAGCUUCGCAGCCGUCUCGCAUUCCGCCGACUGGUCACGGACUAUUCGCUCAACAAGCUUGCGUUCCAACACGUUCUUGGUGCCAUUGAGAAUCGUUUCGCACGUGCUGCGGCAAAUCCUGGUGAGAUGGUUGGCGUUCUUGCUGCCCAAUCCAUCGGUGAGCCCGCCACACAGAUGACUCUGAACACCUUCCACUUUGCUGGUGUGUCGUCCAAGAACGUUACUCUAGGUGUGCCCCGUCUCAAGGAGAUCCUCAAUGUGGCAACCAACAUCAAGACACCGUCUAUGACUGUUUACCAAGAAUCCGACAAGACAUAUGACAAGGAGGGCGCGAAGCAGUUGCGCAGUGUUGUCGAGCACACCAGCCUGCGGUCCGUUACUGAGGCCACUGAGAUUUACUACGAUCCGGACAUCCAGUCUACCGUUAUCGAGAACGAUCGCGACAUGGUUGAGUCCUACUUCAUCAUCCCCGAAGAUGUUGAAGGAGACCUGGCCAACCAGUCGAAAUGGCUGCUUCGUAUUGUCCUCAGCAGACCUAAGCUUCUUGACAAGGGACUCACGGUUCAGGACGUUGCUGACAAGAUCAAGAAGGCGUACAAGGAGGAUAUUGCUGUUAUUUUCAGUGAUAACAACGCCGACGAACAGGUCAUCCGUAUCCGUCAAGUCCAGACCCACAAGGACGAUGACGAUGAUGACGAUGUUGAAUAUGAUGUGACCCUCAAGAAACUUGAACAGCACCUUCUCGAUACGCUUACUCUCCGUGGUGUCCCCGGCGUGGAGCGUGCUUUCAUCAAUGAGAAGAGCAAGGUCCGCGUCAAAGAGGAUGGUGCCCUCAUCGUGAGCAAGACGGACCCUCUUUGCAAGGAGUGGGUUCUUGAGACCAGCGGCUCUUCUCUCGCGCCGGUUCUUGCUAUCCCUGGUGUCGACGCUACGCGUACCUACUCGAACCAGUUUAUUGAGAUUUUCGAGGUGUUUGGUAUCGAGGCCGCCCGUACUGCUGUGCUUCGCGAGUUGACUCAGGUGCUGGCCUUUGAUGGUUCUUACGUCAACCAUCGGCACUUGGCGCUCCUGGUCGAUGUGAUGACUGUACGAGGCUACCUGACACCUGUCACUCGUCAUGGUAUCAACCGUGCCGACAAUGGUGCUUUGAUGCGUUGUUCAUUCGAAGAGACCGUUGAGAUCCUGUUGGAGGCUGCUGCCUUUGGCGAGCUUGAUGACUGCCGUGGCGUGUCGGAGAACCUUAUUCUUGGGCAGAUGGCCCCCGCUGGAACGGGAGAAUUUGAUGUCUAUCUGGAUCAAAACUUGCUCAACACAGUUGUCUCGAACAAUGCCCGCUUCCAUCUCAUGGGCGGCGUUGGGGCAAAGGACGCCAUCAUCUCCGAUGGUGCUGCUACUCAGUAUGAUACUGGUUCGCCCAUGGCCAGCUCCCCAUACAUGGUCGAUGGCGAUCCAGACGCAAGCUUCUCUCCCAUCCGACAGGGUGGUGCCGAGUCGCCCGGAGGCAUUACCAAAUACCAGCCCUCGGAUGGCUUUGGUGGUCUCAGUCCCGGAGCUCGCAGCCCUGGUACUGCCUACUCUCCGACCAGCCCCUUCAAUACCAGCAUGAACUCUCCUAGCUGGUCACCAACAUCGGCUUACUCUCCCACAUCUCCUGGCAUGAGCAUUACAAGCCCGGGCUUCACAUCUCCUGGUAUGUCGCCAGCGAGUCCGUCGUGGAGGCCAACGUCCCCGGCCUACUCGCCGUCGUCGCCUGCCCAAGCCUCGCCAAUGUACUCUCCCACUUCGCCCACGUACAGCCCCACGUCACCUUCUUUCAGCCCGGCCUCGCCGGCCAUUAGCCUGACGUCCCCAACGUCACCCGAAUACAGCCCUACCAGCCCUGCGCUUGGUGGUGGUCGGCAAUUGUCUCCCACUUCUCCCACAUCCCCCACGUCUCCCAAGUGGAGUCCUACUUCCCCAUCAUGGUCUCCCCAGCACGCCGCGCAGGCGGCAUACUCGCCAACGUCUCCUAAAUUUGCUGGCUCCCCGACGUCGCCCACUUCCCCGACUGCAUACAGUCCGAGCUCCCCAAACUUUGAAAGUCCAACGUCUCCGCGCCAGAAGUGA